CCAGUCCCGGCUUCCAGCUCCCCAGCCCCGCCCUCAGUCGCGCGCGCUCUCCCCACCCCGCCCUCGUACCCCCGCGUGCGGCCGCCACAGCCAAUGAGGUUUGGGGCCGCGUGCGCAGAUUCAAACGGCGGCUCUUGAGGGAGGCUGGGCGCGAGAUUCGGCGGUGCGGACAAAACCCUGCAGGAGGCUACGAGCCCUGCAGAGCUGCCCGCUGCGGGGAGAGGGCGGGGGUCGGCGCCCGCGGCAGAGCCGCGCAGGGACCGAGGCGAGGAGGCUAAGAGGCGGCGGAAGGGCCAGGAGAGAGAGGGAGCGCGCCUGCUGACAUGUUGGGGGCACCCCUGACCGGGCCGGGCCGGGGCUAAGGAGCGGUGCCGCGGGCCGGGGGCGGGUCGCGGUCCGCCCCUGCCUCCCUCCGUCCUGCCCUGCCGGGGACCUGCGUUCCGCACUCGGUCGGCCUCGGAGCGGGAGCGAGGGAAGCGGCGGGGGAGGGUCGGGGAGAAGGAGCAUUCGCCCGAGGCUGGAGGAGGCUGACCCGCGUCCCCGCCCAGCCCGCGCCUAUGCGGUACUUGAAGGAUGGCGAAGAGGUCGCGCAGUGAGGAUGAGGAUGAUGACCUUCAGUAUGCUGAUCAUGAUUAUGAAGUACCACAACAAAAAGGGUUGAAGAAACUCUGGAACAGAGUAAAAUGGACAAGAGACGAGGAUGACAAGUUAAAGAAGUUGGUUGAACAACAUGGAACUGAUGAUUGGACUCUAAUUGCUAGUCAUCUUCAAAAUCGUUCUGAUUUUCAAUGCCAGCAUCGGUGGCAGAAAGUUUUAAAUCCAGAAUUGAUAAAGGGUCCCUGGACUAAAGAAGAAGAUCAGAGGGUUAUUGAAUUAGUUCAGAAAUAUGGGCCAAAAAGAUGGUCUUUAAUUGCAAAACAUUUAAAAGGAAGAAUAGGCAAACAGUGUAGAGAAAGAUGGCAUAAUCAUCUGAAUCCUGAGGUAAAGAAGUCGUCCUGGACAGAAGAGGAGGACAGGAUUAUCUAUGAAGCACAUAAGCGGUUGGGAAAUCGUUGGGCAGAAAUUGCCAAACUACUUCCUGGAAGGACUGAUAAUUCUAUCAAAAAUCAUUGGAAUUCUACUAUGCGAAGAAAAGUGGAGCAGGAAGGCUACUUACAAGAUGGAAUAAAAUCAGAACGAUCUUCAUCUAAACUUCAACACAAACCUUGUGCAACUAUGGACCAUUUGCAAACCCAGAAUCAGUUUUACAUACCUGUUCAGAGUCCUAGAUUUCAGCAGCAUAAACUGAAACAUUCUGCUUCUGCCUUAAAGAUCCCAGGCUAUCAGUAUGUAUCACCUGAAGGCAAUUGUGUAGAACAUGUUCAGGCUUCUUCUGCCUUUAUUCAGCAACCCUUUGUAGAUGAAGAUCCUGAUAAGGAAAAAAAAAUAAAGGAACUUGAGUUGCUUCUUAUGUCAGCUGAGAAUGAAGUUAGAAGAAAACGAGUUCCAUCACAACCUGGAAGCUUUUCUACCUGGCCUGGUAGUUUCCUCAUGGAUGACAGCAUGUCUAAUACUCUAAAUAGCCUUGAGGAGCACGCUAGUGAGUUUUACAGUGUGGAUGAAAAUCAGACUGUGUCUGCUCAGCAGAACUCACCUACAAAGUUCCUGGCCGUGGAGGCAAACGCUGUGCUGUCCUCUCUACAGACAAUCCCAGAAUUUGCAGAAACUCUCGAACUUAUUGAAUCUGAUCCUGUAGCAUGGAGUGAUGUUACUAGCUUCGAUCUUUCUGAUGCCGCUGCUUCACCUGUCAAGUCCACCCCAGUUAAACUAAUGCGAAUUCAGCACAACGAAGGAGCCAUGGAAUGUCAGUUUAACGUCAGCCUUGUACUCGAAGGGAAAAAAAACGGUUGUAACGGGGCAGACGGUGAGGCUGUUCCUUUAACCUCCCCAAGUGUGGCUAAGUUUAGCACUCCACCAACCAUCCUCAGAAAGAAGAGAAGAAUGCGAGUGGGCCAGUCCCCAGGCAGCGAGCUUGGCGACGGCUCAUUCAACGAUGGUGGUAACACAGCACUAAAACACACACCGGUGAAAACACUACCAUUCUCUCCUUCACAGUUUUUCAACACAUGUCCUGGAAAUGAACAAAUUAAUAUAGAAAAUCCUUCAUUCACAUCAACCCCUAUUUGUGGGCAGAAGGUUCUCAUUACAACUCCUCUUCAUAAGGAAACAACCCCCAAAGAUCAAAAGGAAAAUGUAGGGUUUAGAACACCUACUAUUAGAAGAUCUAUAUUGGGUACCACACCAAGGACUCCUACUCCUUUUAAGAAUGCGCUUGCUGCUCAGGAGAAAAAAUAUGGACCUCUUAAAAUUGUGUCACAGCCACUUGCCUUCUUGGAAGAAGAUAUUCGGGAAGUUUUAAAAGAAGAAACUGGAACAGACAUAUUCCUCAAAGAGGAAGAUGAACCUGCUUACAAAAGCUGCAAGCAAGAGCAUACUGCUUCUGUCAAGAAGGUCAGAAAAUCACUAAUCUUAGAUAAUUGGGAAAAAGAAGAACCAGGUACUCAACUGUUAAAUGAAGACCUUUCAGACUUGCAGUCAGAAAAUAUAUUUACAACAUCUUUAUUAAUGAUACCAUUAUUGGAAAUACAUGACAAUAGGUGCAACUUGACUCCUGAAAAACAAGAUAUAAAUUCAACCAACAAAACAUAUACACUUAAUAAAAAGAAACCAAACCCUAACACUUCCAAAGUUGUCACAUUGGAAAAGAAUCUUCAGUCAACUUGUGAAUGGGAAACAGUGGUUUAUGGGAAGACCGAAGACCAACUUAUCAUGACUGAACAAGCAAGAAGAUAUUUGAGUACUUACACGACUACAGGCAGCACUUCAAGAGCUCUCAUACUGUGAUUGUUACUAAGACUGAUGGAAUGCCCCCACUCCCUUACUGGAUUCUAUACUAAGUUAGGCUGCAAUGAAAUACAUUUUUUUGUUGAUUGUUUUUAAAGUUUUAAAACAGCCCUAAAACGGUUUGCAUCCUUUUUCAUAUUGGGCAAGCAGAAAGCUAGGCACUUACGUAAGGGGUAGGCAAUUUCAUAGUUUAUUUUUUUAAGACAUGAGAUUUUUAAAAAUUGUUUUUAAAGAACAAGAUGGGGAAAUCAUAUUAGAAUGUUCAAGGAUAUUCUGAAAGUAAAUUCUCACAUCUUUUCUUCAGAAGAUAUAUGUUGCUACUCUCCUGAUGCUGGAGUUUUGUUAUAGAUAGGUCUUAUGAGUAUGUGUGAUUUCUGAAAUUAGUCUCUAUACAGAAAGCACACAUGGCCUUAUGAAGUACUUUUGCCUAUCUGCUGAUUUACUUAGGCUACCAUUUACAGAGAAACACAAUGGGAAGGCAUUUAAAAGAAUGAAAGUUGCACUACUAAUUUUUGGUAUUUUUCAAAAAAUAGUAAAAUUAACUACAGUGUUAAACGUAUUUAUUUGAGCAUAGUCCUCAAAACAAAAGGCAUUGCAAAAAUGUUUUUUCCUUAUUGGUAAAGAGUCAGUAUUUUCUCCAUAAAUCUCAGAAGAGCUGAGAGUUUUGUUGAAUGUAUUGUACAGUAUGUAGGAGCAGGAAAACUUUGUAAAUUGGAAAGAAGUCUGUUUUUAUAAUUUAUUUUCAUUUUUAAAGCUUAAAUGUAGAUAUUUAUACCUAUACAGGGUGUCUAGAAGCCAAUGUUGUUUCCUGUCAUUACAGAUAACAUAGUAAAGAACAAUUUUGACUUUUAAGUAUGAAACAGUAGUAAGUUAUAGCUGCAAAGAAUUCAGUAUAUAUACUGUAUGUCACAUCUACCUAAAUAUUGCACUAUGUCCUUUAAAUCAUGUUGGUUAUAAAGUAGUUCUAAAAAUGUACUAAAUAAUAAUUUAAUAUUUUCUUUUUAAAUUAUAUGGGGGGUCAUAUAAAUUAAUCUGGUGAUUUGUAUAUUUGUUUGAAAUUUUUGCAUUUUGUUUUAAAAAAUAAUAUGGUACUUUGGUCCCUAAAAACAGUCUGCACUUAGAAGUUUAUUAUAUUUACUCAAUGUUUAAGAAGUAGAGAACAUUAUCUUUUAUUUAUAAAAAUAUUUGUCCUUUUAUAAAUGUUUUGUGUUUCUCUACAGGUUACAACAGUUGCUUCAGUUGCCUGUUUUAGGUGUUUGCACUUAUUUUAUUUCUUCUUGAAAGAAUGUCUUUAUUUGCUUUUGUGUAGAGAUUGUAUGUAAUUUUUUGAAACAUAUAAUGGUAUGCUGUCAACUUAAACACUGACAGGUAAAUAGAAUUGUACACUGUAGUUCUAAUUAUUUGUAAUUGACACACUCUCUCCCUCUCCACUCCUGAAGUAUGCUGCUAUAGAAAAUAGCAGAAUCGGCUUGCUGCUAUGAGAGAAGGAAAGAGCGACCACCACUUGCACUGUGUGAAAACAUAAAAAGUAUGAUGAUGGCAAGUUCUCAAGUUAACUUAAUGGAAUCAACCAUUACCAGGCAAAUUCUUGCAAAUACCAAAAUGCUCUGCCUUUAAACAAAAACAGCUUAAGAUUCUCUGUUGAUGGAAAUACGAAGUAUUUUAAUGCCUAGCUUUUGAACAGUAGACCUAAAAGGAUUUUAAGCUAUUUAACUCUACUUGCUCAUUUUUGCAUAUUAUAUGUAGUGAGAAGUGAAGGAAAUGUGUGGUACUAAGAUUAUGCCUUGUUGAUAACAAAUAGAUGAACCAAUUUGAAUCUUCCUAGCAUGUUUGUUAAGUAUGUUGAUUGCUUCCUAAUUAGUGAACUUCUCACAGAAAUUUCACUUUGUAAAACCAAUGAUUGUAGCAAAAUCAUACUGGAUCAUUUCAAUUUCAGUUACCUUGAACUAAUAGCACAUAAUGGUUCCCUUUUAUCUUUUCUUUUUUUUAAUGUAGCCCUUGGCUGGUUUGGAUGUACAUAGUCUCCAAUUACCAAAGUAUAAUAUCUUGGAAGAGCUAUAUUUUUUUAAAGCAUAGUUUUCUUCAGCAUUAAAUUAUCCCACAAGUAAUAUAUUGCAGAUAAGCUUGGGAUUUUGGACAUAGUACAUAUUUCAGUUGGUAUUGGUUGAAUCCUCCAGUUAACUGCUUUGUUGCUUUUUGCAAGAAGAUUUUUUAAUCUUAAACAUGUCAGGCAUCUUAAAUCACCUUUUAUACUGUUGUGUUCAAUUUGAAUUUCUUUCAGUAUGUUAAAAAUGCCAGACAUAACAUGUAGCAGCCAUACUUGCAUGGAAACUGACUACACAUAUAAUACUGCAUUUUGUUGUAAGAUUUUCACAUUAAUACAGCCAUUACCCUGACUAAAUUGAGUUUUUUGAUGUAUGGGAAAAAACUUUCCACUGUAAGAGAAUCUUGCAUACAAUGUUGACUGUUAACAUCCAAAAUAAAGCAUCUGUGUACAAGCUGACAUGGCA